UAUUUGUCCCUCAAACAAGCUGUGACGUAACCAUUCACACGUCGAUUAGUAGAAGCACGAGUUAACGCUAGAUUCAGCAUCGUGUUAGUUUAGUUUAGGUUUAGUAAUAAAAUCUUUUUUGUUAGCUUGUUAGGAUUAUUUUUAGUGUUUAGUUUAUUUUACAAUUAUGAGGUUUAAUUUAACGGUUCUGGAGAAAUUAGCUAUCUUUCUGGCAAUAUUUCUGCAAAUUGAAGGGAGAGGUGAACUAUCAUUGAAGUUCGAACAAUACAAGAACUCAUCUAGCUGUGAUAAUCCAGGGAACGCCUGUGACUUCUACUUUAAAAUUACUACAUCCGCCGCCUUCCAAUCGUCAUUCACAAGUGAUUACUACGGGAAUAAGCAGUUAAUUUACUUCGGUAGUUCCUUCCUCGGUGGAGAUCCAAAUCCCAUUAGCAUUACGUUCACAACAAAUGGCACCGUGUCUUUAGACGUUGAAAUAAUGGACAAAGAUGAGUGGACGACGGGGAGUGACGACUUUAUAAGUAACCUAAAGUACACCAUAAACCCAUGGAAUUUAAAAUCUGGGGGCGAUUGGAAAUCAAUAUCCAUUAAAGAUACUCAGGGACAUCUCAAUUUAAAGUACAAAAUUAUCUCCUGUUCACCGGAAUUUGACGGAAAUGGCUGCAACGAUUGUGCGACGAACUACUAUCAACACAACUGCUCUGUCUUCUGUAAACCGACUCAAUCUGUCUCUGCAAAUUACACUUGCAGCUUCACAGGUGAGAAAGUGUGUGGGUAUGGACGAGCAAAACCUGAUUGUGACACAUGCCGUCUGAACUACUAUUCUACAAACUGUAGCAAAUACUGUGUCGACAGUCCAGGACAGCAAAGCUGCAACAAGUCAACUGGAGAAAAGACGUGCCUGGGUAACUGGAUAGGAGAAUGUGAUACCUGCAAAUCUGACUAUUAUGGAUCAAAUUGUUCUGUCUAUUGUGUUGCUGUGCCAGGUAACUACAGCUGUGACACCAGUACUGGAGACAAGCUAUGUGUUAUUAGUAAGACAGGAGAAGACUGUGACCAUUGUGCAGCAGGGUACUUUGGGACGGACUGUGCGAUAUAUUGUCAGGAUACUCUAGAUCAAUACUCCUGUGAUGAGAAUGGUACAAAAAUAUGCGAACAGAACUGGAUUGGUAAAGACUGCAACAGUUGCUCUGAUGGAUAUUAUGGGGUGAACUGUGAUAAAUACUGUUUGCCAACUGGUCAUUACAAUUGCACUGAAAAGGGAGAGAAGUUGUGUCUAGGGAACCGAACAGACAGUGCCAAUAACUGCAGUGACUGUUUGCCAGGAUAUCAUGGGACUAACUGUGACACUUUCUGUGUAGAGAUUAACAGGUAUACAUGCAGCAACAAUGGAUCAAAGCAAUGUAAAGAUAAUUGGGAUGGACAGCAAUGUGAUCUAUGCCUAACUGAUUAUUAUGGUCCAAACUGUGAUGUGUUCUGCACUCCCAAUUCAAAUUACAGCUGUGGUCAAGAUGGUUCAAAACAGUGUUUUGGAAACCGAGGAGGUCUCGAGUGUACAACUUGCAUUGAGGAUCAUUUCGGAUUUAACUGCACAACUUACUGUGAUCAUAGCAACACAAACUACACCUGUUCUAGUAAUGGAACUAAAAUAUGCGACAAGAACCGGCAAGGCAUGGAAUGUAAUCAGUGCACUGCUGAUUACUUCACUUCUUCAUGUCUAGUACAUUGCCAGGAAUCUGUGAAAAAAACAUGCGACAAAGAAAAUGGAGAAUCUGUAUGUAAAGGUAACAGGUCUGGCCAUGAUUGUUCAGGUUGCAGACCAGAUUUCUUUGGAGACAACUGUGAAACAUUUUGUGAUACUAAUUCCACAACAUUUACUUGCGACAGUGGAACUGGUAUGAAGAUAUGUAACAAUGACUGGUAUGGAGUAGACUGUGAAGUAUUUUGCGAACAAGUGGAAAAUCGCUACAACUGCUCCACAAAUGGAAAAAGGGUCUGCUUGGGCAACUUUGAAGGGGACUGCUUUGUAUGUAAGCUUAAUUUCUUUGGUGAUAACUGCAAUACAUAUUGCCAUGAACUUCCUGAACAGAGCAAGUGCAGCAAUAAUGGAACAAUAACAUGUUUAAACAACUUUUCUGGACCUAGAUGCGAAAACUGUACAGAGGGUUGGAGUGGACAUCAAUGUAAUAUCUGUGAAAUCUGCGAGGAGGGGAACAAAGAUAAAAUAAUUUCAGCAAAUGAAAGUUUUACGAGGACCCUGGUCAUAAUUUGUGGUAUAUUUGGAUCAGUUACAAUUGCUGCCCUGCUCAUCACUGUGAGGACGAAUGUGAAGAUCAGCAGAAUAAGAAACAAGAAAAAUCCAUUGAUUUGGACAGACAGUCAGCUAAAAAUUGAACUUGAAGAAGUAAGGUGUGGUAGAAAAUUAACAACUCAACUAAGCAAAGGAAAUUUAGAUCCACUUAGCUUUGAAUUUGCUUACGAUAACCCCGUUUAUGAGGACUUUUAGAAUAGUAGAUGCUAUUAGAUUCAUACAUAGACUGUAGUUAGUUUUGUUUAUUUGUACGAAUUUAGGAAAUAUUAUAGUUUUAAUAUAGUUUGAUGAUUACAGGACAGAUUUCGACAUAAUUGUAUGACCAACAGGAAAUGAUUACAAAUAACAUUAUUUUCUGUGGACAUAUUUACUGCCAUAGCGUUAGGUACUGUUAACGGUUAACUAUAUCAAUUGACAAUAAACAAUUUAGUAGGUGUUUAUUCUAUGAUUAAUAAAGAUGUUCAAAUUAUAUGUAUAAUAUGUAAUAGUGUGCUUGACCUUACGAAAGCUAUUUAGUAUUUCUGAAUUGA